CAGCCGAUGCACUUCAAUGCUAAACGGUAUAACCCAGCGCCGCUAACUAAUAUAGGGCGCACGAUUCUGGUUAUUGUAACCCUAAAAGGAGAAUAUUCGUUCCUUUUAAUGGUAGUGAGGAAUAUUCGCUGUGUUUCCCUUUAUUUCUACUGUCAUGAACAUAUAUUAUUGCCAUUAAAAUUUAAUAUUUAGCGGAUGAAUACGGUAUAAAUUACAGCUAUAUCUUUCGCGGGAAAUAUCAAUCAACAAACACCCGUACCCGGAAGCAGUGGACUAGCGAAACACGAACAAUUUCCGAAUUUUCGUGCAAUGUUUCGCUGUUAUUUAGUUGGGAAAUGAACCAGAUGGAAGAUUUACGAGGAUAUCUGAAAACCGACAUUAUGAUCAGCAACUAUGAGUAGAAGACUGUAAAAUUUGAACAUGUCUGCUGGCCGGAAAAUUGUUGACAAAGAAACCAACCUGAACAUAAACAGCUGUUGUUCGGAAUCGAUGUUGCCACCCAACGUGCCCAAGGCAAAACGAUUCAAGCCCAACACAGACCACCACGUGAAGGAAGAGGUUGAAAGUGAUGGAUUGAAGAAUGAUGUGGUGUGUGAGGGCAUGAUCAUCCAGCAAUCUUUCCAGCCUUAAAAAAAGCCUAGAAAUUUGGAGAUUUUCAUUUUGUUAUUUUUGUACCACAUUUUUGGUAGUCUGUUGUUGGCAGACUGUUUUGACUUUUUUGAGGGAUGUGAAAAAAGUGAGCUCACACUCACAGUCACUCACCUUUUUUCUAUCAUGUCUAUGGUAUAUCACUGAGCAGACAUCUUUUUCAAAUUUGACAAAACAUCUGGUCACGCGAACUGCCAACUCUUACAAUUUACAAACCAACAUAAAUCGUAACCCACAUCAAAUUAACCCACCGUUUGAAUCUCAUCAAAUCAGUUGUGCUUCGAUCAUGGAUGAUGCACAUGACGAAUUCGCUUUCGGGUCUCAAGAUGAUGCCUUGCUUCAUCGGGCUUUGGAUGCCUUUGACACGUUUGAGGCAACAGAAGCUGCAGUUUCAAUGGAUGUCGAAGAUAAAGAAGAUUCCCAAGAAUCGAUAACUGAGAGCCAGAACAGAGCUCUGCACGAGGCCUACGAAGCAUUUGAGCAAACUUCAGUGGCUGGUGGUGCAACUGUUAACAAUUCUAAUCCGGUCUUCAAAGGUUUGAGCAAUGAAGCCUCAUCUACUUCUGGUCUCACCAUCAGUAGCCCUAAAACUGACAAAUCUGAACGUUCCUCUUCACUGCCCUAUGAGUUGAAUGCUCGCAGCAAGGAAAGUUUGCGACUUGGAAACACCUACUUGACCGUGUCUAAUCUGGUUGCCCAGUUAUGGUGCGAACAGCAGAUGGUCUACAACUUCUGGAAGCCCGACUUGGAAUUCAUCGUGGAGACCACACCAGCCAUGCCUGCCAAGCAUAAAGCUGCAGUCAAGGCAGUAGUGGCUGCUGCCAGUGGGGGGAACAAAAUUCAUGAAAAGCGAGAUCGUGAAGUGAAUAAGUAUGUUCCAGUCAAAGCCAAGACUCGUGAGGACAGGUACAGCAUUAGGCUCAUCAAUAUUAUCGUUUCCUUGAGGGGACUGCUUCUGUGUGGGGAACCCUGUGCGAGAGAGAUACCUAUCUUUGGGAUGCCCCUUGGCCACCAGUUCCUAGUUGUUGGCACAAUCGAUGAGUUAAGAUUUGACAGUCACGGCCGGUUUGAGCUGGUGGAGUUUAAGACAAGGGGGGAUCUGUCGAGGCCUAUACGUCGACAGCAGAUGCAAGCCUACAAGAUGCAGAUGAUGUUGUACAAACAGAUGCUGGACGACCUGGUGAGGGGGCGCGUUGACGGCCGGGAGGUCCUGAGGUCGCUUAGAAUGGAUCCCGAUCAGGUCCUGAUUGAUGAACUGCUUCCUUAUGUGAGAGCGCUAGGAGAUGGUCUCAGAACAAGCAUUACACUCGGUGAGCUGAUGACCAUUGUGCUGCAGCAGUUUGAGUUCCUUUCGCACGUGGAAGUUCUCACACUGGAGUUCAGCGGCCGGGAUAACAGCGCGACAGUCGCCAAGGAGACGGUAGAAUUUGAUGCUGAUUGGCUGCGGCAGCGACUCGACCACUGCCGGGCGUACUGGACAGAGGAACGGGAAGUGGAAGGGGUCGACAUUGAAGACACUUGGAAGUGCAGGAUUUGCGCAUUCUACGACACGUGCCAGUGGAGGCAAAAGAUGAAUGAGAUUUGUGCACAGAAAAACACGGUUGGAAAGAUUAAAUGAAAAUAAGAAGUACAAGGCCUUG